AUAGUCUCACAGCCAAAUGCCACAGUUGUUUGCCUUGCAGGGCAAUGCCUCCAGGGUUUCACCAACACAACCAACAUACUGCUCCUUCCUGGCCUGUAUACCUCUGCGACCAACCCUGAACUCGUUCACCAGCUUCUCACCUCGCCGUCCACUUCUGUAUCGUCAUCUCCUGGUUUCAAUAUUUCCUCGAUCUCUUCACCCUUCAAUGUUGCUCUAGAACCAGGCUUGGCCAUCUUCCCACAGGCUCUAUACUCCGGAAACGCGCAGUUCGCGCAACUCCCGAACGCUUCUGUGUCCAACUCUAGCUCUUCCACCCCUCUUUCUGCGAGCUCUCUCGCGCUCUCAUCCGACAUAUGGGUUUCUGUCUCAUCCGGCUCUUCGCAGAACCACCUCAUCCUUUGGGAUUCAGUUCCAGAUAUCGCGCAGCUUCCUGGCUCGCCUUCAUUGUCUCUCGUAGACAUUCAGUCCAACGCCUGCUCGCCCCAAUGCGCAGGUUCUGGGGUAUGCUCUGCGUCUGGUCAAUGUAUAUGUCCCGCUGGUUUUACAGGCGCAUCCUGUGAAUCUUGUGCGUCCGGUUUCUUCGGUCCCAAGUGUCAAGCAUGCCCUGCAGGCUGUUCAUCCUGCGACGAUGGCAUCUCAGGAUCGGGGCGGUGUCUCGUACCGAUUGUCAACAACCUCCCAUCGACCUGUAACUGCUUGAAUGGCGAGUGUGGCUCAAAUGGACAGUGCACCUGCAAUGCUGGUUGGACCACAGCUGACAACGGGACUGCAUGUGCUAAAUGUGCCCCUGGCUUUUUCCUGGAUUCAAAUGGUGAUUGCUCAGUGUGCCAGCUUGGGUGCAGCCAGUGCGAGGACAGUAGUGGGAUUUGCGUGAUUUGCAAGAGUGGGUUUACCCAGGACGCAAACGAUCGGACAAAAUGUGACGCUGUCCAAUCGAAGACAGCAUCAGGUACUGUGUGCCCCGAUGGUAGCUUCAGCAACGGGACAGCAUGCGCUGCUUGCUCGGCCACUUGUCAAACCUGUUCUGGGUCAACAUCGAACGAUUGCAUCAUCUGCGGGAACGGGCAGUUCUCUGUAGGCGGGGCCUGCGUGCCGACAGACGGAAAUGGCGCAUGUCAAGGUACGAGCAUGAUUGCGAACAAUAACAAGCACGAAUGUGACAGCUGUCCUUCUAAGUGCACCUCUUGUAAGAUCCCAAGCUUCAGCGUAGCGUCUACCGUCGACCAGCUCCAAUGCAGUGGAUGCCUUCCUGGAUUUGUUCUUUCGCAAGGGAAGUGUGUAGCAAGCUGCCCUUCUGGAACCUUUUUGUCUCCUCGGGACAAUCUGACAUGCACUGCGUGCUUGUCAUCCUGUGGAGCAUGCGCCGGCUCGGCGGACUUUUGUCUGACUUGUGCCAACAAUCAGCUCGCUUCAAGCGGUAAAUGUGUUUCUUCGUGUCCUUCCAACACUUUCAGCUCUUCGGGAUCGUGCAUCACUUGCCAUCCAGACUGUGCAACCUGUUCAGGCAACUCCUUCAAUCAGUGCUCCAGCUGUCCCCCCAACCGACCCGUCUUGACCAACGGUCGCUGCCUUCCGACAUGCAGCAAAUCACAGUUCUUCGACAUCACCUCGUCGACAUGCCAAUCCUGCGACUCGAGUUGCUCAAGCUGUUCAGGCGCGGGUCCCUCUAACUGCCUAGCCUGCUCGAAUUCGAACCAAGUUCUCCGGGGCGGAUCAUGCACGGCUGCCAAUUGCAAUGGCACGUCGAGCGUUAUUCCAGGACUGGGAGUCUGCCUCUCCAAUCUCGUUGACGUCCCUCAAGCCUCGGGGACUAGUUCUGGCGUUCCUCUUCCCACUAUCACAGGCCUUACGGCGCCGGCUGCCGCAACAAGUACAAAGUCGCGUCCGCUUCAGUGGUGGGAGAUCCUGCUCAUGGCCCUCGGUUGCGCGUUCAUUUUCCUCGUUAUUCUCAUGCUCUUCCGCCGCCGCAUGCGUAAGAAGCGUGCUCAACGGACCGCCGCAUUUGCCAUCUCCAAGAACAUCGAUAAGCGUGGCAAUUGGCGCUGGAGGCUGCUUCGGUUUGGUGAACGGUUGUUCGGACACGCGCCCUCCAAGCGCUUCAUUCCGCCAGAGCAAGAGGGGCUGCGUUUGAAGAAGAUGCAUGCGGCAGAGGAAGGCAGGCAUCAGAGGCAGCUGGAGAAGAUGGGAGGACCUUCUUCGCUACCGUCCUAUUAUGAGCAUGAUCAAGACAGCCCCUCACAGCAUCGUUAUUCUGGUAUCUCAGAAUCUCUGUAUUCUCAAGUGACGGGAGCGCCAAGACGGGUUCCGGAUCCUCGACAGCCUGUGAAGGACGUUCCGCCAAUGGCAUCAAGGUUCUCGUGGACGACGGCUGGGUCGUCCGUGCGUCGCGCACCUUCGCCGGUACCGCAGACCGAAGCACAGAAGUACGCUAUGUCUAUUCGAGCACCAGAAGGCACUCAGCCAGGUAUGUACUGGUUGGAACCUGUGAACACGGGUACGUCAAACUCGAAGAAUCCGUUUAGGAAAUGA